ACCCUCAACUUACAUUCCCACACCUCUAAUCAACUUUAGCCACUCUUAACAUGGCCAUGUUCCGUUUAGCGUCAUCCGUCGUCUUCCUCCUCUUCACAUUAACAUCGCUCGUUCUACAAUCAUCGUCGUCGCCGGUUUAUUCGUCCUGCUCCUCGAAUAAACUCCCAAACAAAAAGGUGUACACAAACUGCACCGAUUUACCAACCCUAAACUCCACACUCCACUGGACCUACACCCUCGAAAACUCCACCCUUUCAAUAGCAUUUAUCGCGCCUCCCGCGACACCAAACGGGUGGAUCGCAUGGGCGAUUAACCCGACCGGAACCGGAAUGGCCGGGUCUCAAUCGCUCAUCGCAUUUAAGGACUCCAAUGACUCGAUGACCGUUAAAACGUACAACAUUAGCUCGUAUGCUUCGAUAGUCGAAGGAAAGAUCGCGUUUGAGGUACCCGAGUCCAGCGCGGAGUUUGUUAACGGAGUGAUGAUGAUCUUUGCUUCGGUGAAGUUGCCGGAAAACAUGACGGAGGUGAAUCAAGUGUGGCAGGUUGGCGGGUCCGUGACCGAUGGAAGGCCCGCGAAACAUGCGUUUUUGCCUGCGAAUUUGAAUGCCGUUGGUAAACUACAACUUGCAGAGAAGGCUGCCACCGCCGGCGUACCGGCCGGUGCUCCGGCUGGUGGUCCAGCCGGUAGUCCGGCCGGUAGUCCCGCUAGUGGUUCCGGUGGUGGUUCCGCCGUUGCUCCAAGCUCUAGUUUGGGUUCCGUUAGUGCUGGAGUUUAUGGGGUUGUUACCAUUAUCGGAUGUUUAGUGGGAUUCUUUUGAUCACCGGAAAAUUGGAAGUUUUUUUUUUCCUUUUUUUUUUUUUGAUUUUGAACUGUUUCGAAUAAUUAUAUACUUUAUUAUAUGUGUAACACGUGAGGACUCGAAUCUCUAAACAUUCAUUGUUGUUAUUGGAUGUAUUUAUAUAUGUUUAACACUCAUGAAUCAAACACUAAUUUAAUUACA